GAUGUCUGCCAUUCAAAAGUUAAAGUCAUCUCAACAACUCAGACAAUGCUCAGAAAAAACAUCACCUAACAAUGUCAAUUUGCUUAAUAAAUCAGAUCAGUUAGAACUUUUGGGACGCUCAAAAAGGAAAGCCAAAAACUUAAAUAUAUCAGACCAUAUAAAUACAUCACAGAAUAGGACUUUAAUGAAUAGGUCGGAUCCCUUGAAUACAUCAUCAGCAUCCAGUGGGUUUGAUAUCUCAGCGAAUCAAGGAGGGAAUACCAUUUCAAUAGGGAAUUUAUUAGACCAAUAUUGCGAUGACUUGUUCAAACAGACUAGAAAACCCAACUUACAGGAUAAACCUUUAUUACAAAGAAAACCCUCAUUACAAAGUAAACCCUCAUUACAAAGUAAAAAAUCAUUACAAAGAAAAUCAUUAUUGCAAGAACAGACCUUGUUACAUCAAGAAACAUUUGAACCAAGUUUUGAACACAAACUUAAUGUUCAAUCAAAGAGGGAAUCAGAUUCACCUAGUUGUGAAAUCAUCAAUGCAGAACAUACUGACAAUGGUUUGCAUGAUGAUAGGGAUAGUGCCAGUGCUGAAAUGAUAGUGACGAGACAGCAGUGCCAUAAAGCAUUUUCAGACAGUGACGUUACCCCAAAAGUACAAGAAGAGACUGACAAAGACAGGUUUUGUGAAUCAUUUGAUAAAGUGAAAAAUGUGAUCAUUGAUUUGAAUAGAAGAUCUAGUUCACGGCUUCGCUCUAAAUUAAAAUUGAAACAAAAACAAUCAAAACUUGAUCAGUUUAUGUUAAAAACUAAUGUGAAUGGGAGUAAUUUUCACAAGGAGCCUUCAGAGAGGAUUAUUGAACAUGGUACUUCAGCUUUAAACAGGGUGGCUAUUGUGGAAUGCGCCAUCAAACAGAAUCCAUCAACCAGUGAAGAGAAUGAAUCUCAAGAUCUUGUGAUCAUAGAUGAAAUAAAUGGACAACAAUUAGGGAAAUCAUUGAGUGUUGAUUUCACACAACAUAUGAACAAAUCAGUAUCUCACCCUAUUAUGUCACCAACUGAUGACAAUAAUGACGAUAAAUGUGCCAAUGCAACUUCAAAUACUGAUACCCGCCCAGAAUACUGGAAAAAUGUACAAAUUAAUGAACUAGAAUUUAUAUAUCGUAGAAGGAGGCGCAGUCUCUCGAAAACAAAUCAAGGACGAUUAUAUAUUAAUCAUAAGUCUAAAAGGAAAAAUACUAAAAUUGAUGAAAUUGUCAUCCCUAGUCAGGAAGGAGUUAAGAUGAAAGUGUGUACAAGUGGAAUUUACUUGGAGAGAAAUGUCACAAGAGUUAAACAAUCUCUCAAAGAAAAGAAACAGCAUCAGGGUUUCCACCAAGUCAGAUCAGACAAACAACAGAAACUGAAGAGGAAAUCCAGUGAAUCAUCUUGUCAUUUGGAAACGAGAGACAAUAAGCGUUACCGAAAUCAAACACCACUUUUGCCACGGCCAGUUGCAGUAUGUAAGCCCUAUUACACCAGAUCAGAUGACGCGCCACGGGCUGCAAAACAGAAAUGCCAAGAAAAAAUAAAGGAUCUGUCGUUUGAAAAGAGACUUGAUCUAAAAGGAAUGUACCACAUACCAAAAAUACAGAAAGAAAAGACAGUGACUGUAAAUAAAAGUAUGGGUACUGAAGAAAAAUAUGAACUUGAUGAGCAUGAAAAUGAUGAUGAUGAUUUGGUUUGUGAGGACAAUGUCGAACUUAAAGAUGACCCUAAAGUUGAGAAUGAACUUGAAAAUGCAGACAUAAUUGAUCGACGAAAGAAAUCUGGAAAAAAUCUUGGGAGAAAUAGAUCUAGCAUUUCUGACAAUGCAAAGGUUAAAUCUGAACUUGAAUUUGAGAAUAAACUUGAAAAUGCAGAUACAAUUGAUCAUCAAACGAAAGCAGGUGAAAAUGAUGGGAGAAAGAGAUCCAGUAGUACUGGCAGUAUGACUGAAACAAAAUCUUCAAAAAGUGUUGAAAAAUUGAUAGUUGAACACGAUAGGAGAUUUCAGAAAUCACAUAUGAAUAAGACAGUGUUGAAUCUUCCAGCAUUUAGAUUAAAAAUAAGCAAUCAGAAAUCUAAUGUAAAUCCAACAAAGCAUGAUAAAGCAUUAGAUAAAAAUGUGAAAGUAACUAAAAUUAAAAAAAUGAAUACUUGUAAAAAUUUUAAUCAUGAAAAUGUGAAUCGCUAUGAAAACUUGAAUCACUCUAAAAAUGUGAAAGCAACAAAAAAUGUGAAAAUUAUUAAAAAUGUGACACAUCCAGUGUAUGAACCUACACCAGGGAGACGUCCAACUGUAGUACAUUCUCUAGGGGGCCUUGCAGAGAAAGACCAAGAACUUGGAAAAAAUUUCACAUUAUCUCGUGGAUCUCUAGGUCCAUUGUUCUGCCAGUUAAAGCCUGCCCAGAAUGUUAUCUUAGAUUCUGAUGUAAACUUAUUGUAAAUAACUAGCUUAUUAUAAAU